AAAAUGUAAGCCCAUAGAACACAAGUAAUACUACGUUUCUUCCAUAAUUUCUGCUAAUUACUAUUUUGUUUUGAAUGAAAACCUUUUGAAUUUCUUGAGAUAUUGUUUUUCACAUAGCAACUUCUAAUUUCUUCAAAUGUCACUGUCAUGUCGUUCAAAAAGAAACCGUCAAUGUCAACGAAGACGUGUUUAUUAUUUUAGAAAUUAGGAAAGUAAUAUAAUAUUGCAGUAUUGAACACUACAUUUGAUUGUUAAACUUGUGCAGAAUCUUUUAUUAUGAAGCACAGAAUUUUGGAACUAUACAGCGGUAUUGGGGGGAUGCAUUGUGCUUGGAAUGAAUCGAAACUAGAAGGAGAAAUAGUCGCAGCUGUCGAUAUAAACACAGUAGCAAAUCAAGUUUAUUUAUACAACUUUCCGAAAUCUAAUUUGAUGACGAGAAAUAUCCAAGCCUUAAGUCUCAAAGAAAUAAAUGAUAUGAAUGUUAAUACAAUACUAAUGUCACCUCCAUGCCAACCAUUUACUAGAAAUGGUAAAUAUUUAGAUGAAAACGACCCUCGAACUAAUUCGUUUUUAUAUUUAAUAAGCUUACUUGACAAGUUUGAUAAACUUCAAUACAUAUUAAUGGAAAAUGUAAAGGGUUUUGAGUGUUCAACAGUAAGAAACUUAUUUAUAGAUAAAUUGAAUCAAUGCCAAUUUGAAUACCAAGAGUUUCUCUUAUGUCCUUCCAAUGUUGGAGUCCCAAAUUCUAGGCUUAGAUAUUAUUGCAUAGCAAGAAAAACAACUUCAACAUGGGCUUUUAAAAGAAAAACUGAAAUAAUGAUGUCACUACCAAAAGCUUAUGGGGCACCAGAUUCUAUAGAAAGUAUUUUAGAAAAAGAUGUGUCAGAUAAAUAUCUUGUUAAAAAUAAUAUAUUGAAGCGUGGGAAUGUUCUAGACAUAAUUCAAAAGGAUUCAAAAAGAUCUUGUUGCUUUACCAAAGCUUAUACACAUUAUGCUGAAGGUACUGGCUCAAUAUAUACGGAAGCAAGUCCAGAAACUGUAGAUGAAUGUUUUGAGAGAGCUAAUAAAUUUGAAGUAGGUACUGAUAAUUUCAUAGAAACAUUAAAGGAACUAAAUUUAAGAUUUUUUACACCCAAAGAAGUGUUAUUAUUAAUGUCAUUUCCUUCAUCUUACAAGUUUCCUGAAACAAUAACUAUAAAGCAAUGUUACAGGCUACUUGGUAAUAGUAUUAAUGUGAAAGUAGUUAGUGAAUUGUUGAAAUUGUUAUUUGAUUAAAAUACAUUUAAGGAUAUUUGUUCAA